AAUGGGACUAAUUCUCAGGUUAAUGCAUGCGACACUCAGCUGAAAUUUUUUGCAGAAGAUUCCUAGUCAAAAGUCAACAUCAGCAGACUCACAAACAGACAAUGUUGUAAUCUAUAGUUUGGGUGCAAUUUGUUCUGGAAACUACAUGGUUCCAUCAAUGCAAUGUCUAGCAGCUGGCUCUGAAUAUCCAGUGGAACAUGGAAUUGUCACUUCCUGGUCAGACAUGGAGAAAAUAUGGAAGCAUGUUUAUGAUAAUGAACUGAAGUUAAACUCCUGCACAAGACCAGCACUGAUAACCGAGGCACCACUCAACCCACUGGCCAAUCGGGAACAAAUGACAAGACUGCUCUUUGAAAAAUUCGAGGCACCAGCCCUGUACGUGGCCAUCCAGGCUGUCUUGUCUCUCUAUGCUGCAGGCCUAACUACAGGUUGUGUGAUGGAUUCUGGUGAUGGCGUCACCCACACUGUCCCAAUCUUUGAGGGCUACUGCUUGCCUCACGCUGUUCUCCGGCUUGACCUGGCAGGUCGGGACCUUACAGAAUACCUCAUGAGGAUCCUGAGGGAAAGCGGCAUUGCUUUAGUGAGCACAGCUGAGAGGGAAAUUGUGCGAAUAAUCAAGGAGGCCUUGUGCUACGUGUGCUUGAACCCUGAGGAAGAGAUGGCUAAAAGACCUACUGCGAUUGAGAAAACUUGGAAAUUGCCUGAUGGGCAGAUCAUUAAAAUCCACAACCAAUUGUUCCGCUGUCCUGAGACCCUUUUUCGUCCAUCUAACAUUGGAAUGGAGGCUCCAGGAAUUGACAAACUCCUAUUCAACACCAUCAUGAAAUGUGAUAUUGACUUGAGGACCACUUUGUAUGCCAACAUACUCCUUUCCGGUGGUUCCAGCCUCUUUCCUGGUAUUUCUGAACGCUUGACAAAGGAGUUGAUUCGCAUGGCUCCCAAGGACACAGAGGUAAUGGUCCAAGCACCUUCUGACAGGAAGAUCUCUGUCUGGAUGGGAGGAUCUAUUCUUUCUUCUCUCUCUGCCUUUCAGGAGAUGUGGAUAUCCAAGGAAGAAUAUGCUGAAGUUGGGCCCAAUAUAGUACACAGGAAAUGCUUCUAGAUUCCUGUUGUACUGAAACAUUUUUAUUUAAAAAGCUGUGGGUAGAACCUCAAAUUCAUGGCAUCCUCAGUGAGGCUUGUAGUCUCACAUCUUUCUGAAAGAUGAAUAAAGGUAACAAUU